AUGAGUGACGCAACCUGGGUUCCCCUCUUUGUCACGGCCAAAGUCCCAGUAGAGCUUGUGAACAAGAUUCUCGAACACGGCGAGGCACAACAGCGCAACGAUCCGGACGAUCUCUUCCCAAACAGAUGGGUCCUUGUCCAGGAUCCUGAACAGUCUACAUUCUCUACACCCACAAAGCCACCCGUGCACUCCUUCACCAGCGGCUUCGUCAACGCCUCCGCGGAAUCUCUCGAGGUGUUUGUCGCGUCCAAAUUUGGCGAACACGGACUUGCUUCGAACGGCAGAUCUGAUUGGAUCGCCGAUGACGCUUUCGCUGUGGUUGAUGAGCGCACCGCUCGCGACAACUCGAUCUUGUUCUACGUUCAGCAGUACGUGGAUAUCAUCCGUCAAGCAGAGGUUCGCAAGGCAUGGGGAAAAGACACCACAAUGGACAAGCUGCUUCUCAAGUACGCCGGGGUCGACUCAAACGAGAUGCCAUCUGGUGAGGACGUUCGCAAACUUGCCCAAGAGCUCAAGAACGAGAAUGGUAGCUUGGUUGUUGACCCCGAGCUCGGUGAUGUCGAGAAAGUAAAGGCUCAGCUGGACAGUUGGCUUUCGGAGGAGAUGAGCGAUGUCAGGCCCGUGUGGAUGGAGGUCAGAUUGGAUGCUGUCAAUGCCAUUAAAUUCACUGUUGGCAUCUGGCACAUUGGCUUGGACGAGGCUCUCAUCAACCACCACGAUGAGUUUGACGAGCAUGGCGUCAUGUGUCGUUAG